AGGGUCUACUCCGUUGAGACAAGAAACGCUCUUUGCCAUAGGGCUCACGAAAUCAAACUCAGCCCCCAAAACCGCAAAACCCCCUGCGGCAUAAACCCUAGAAAGUAGCAGAGAGAUGGGAGGGAAAGGAAAGAAGAGAAGAGAAAAGAAUUACAAAGAAGCGCAUGGAGUCGGCAAGAAUCGAUUACCCCCACCGCCGGUUCGUUCAUCCCUCGAUGUAAUUCCCUCCAAGCUUCGCCAACUCAUGUCAUAUACCUCAGGGUCUGGAAAGUUAACAGUUGACGUUGAAGAGCAUAAGAAAGGCGGCAAUCGCCGCGGUGGCUCUGAUGGUGGAAAUUUAAUAGAAAAUAAAGUUGGUGCAAAUGAAAAACCUGAUUUUGUGGUUUCUGAUUCCAAGAUUAAAGAUAAUGAUGAAGGAACAGAAAAGAAAAAGAAGAAAAGGAAAAGGAAGCAGGUAGAUGAUCUUCGGUUUGAGGCAGAAUUAGGUGCAGUUGGUUCAAAAAGAAAGGAACGCAAGAAAAAACUUCUAGAAGAACGGAAAAAGAAAAAGAAGAAGACAAAUGAGGGUGAAAUAAACUUUCCCGGACGUGAAGAGAUCAAAUUUGGAGACGUUGUUAAAGCUCCACCAAAGUUGGUGAAUGUUCCCAAGAAAUUUGGGUCUUCGAAUGCAUCUCAAGAGAGGAUCCGAUUGAGAGCCAUUGAAGCGUAUAGAGAUCAAAAGAAAUGGGCUUCAAGACCCGGAGUUCACCAACCCACAAUAGACAUAACACAACCAUCUUUAUAGUGCGUUUUUUCUUUGCAAAUGUGUUAUUCAGAAUUAUGUAAUGUUGUGAGUUAGGUCUUUUUUUUUUUUUUUUGUUUGUUUUUGUAAUACAUCAAGUUUUUUAUGGAUAAAGUGAUUCGGAUAAAUGAUGUUAAAAA